AUGGAUUGCCCCCUGCAGCUCAACCUAAAGCUGCAUGUGCGGCGCAGACUGCCCGAGGGUGCAGCACUUUUGUGGCACAUGAUUCUACCCUUGGCAGUGAUUAGCAAGAACCUUCUGCAACCACCACACGAGUGGGACACGUGGUUGGGUCUUCUUCCUGCAAACCAGAACUUGGAGACCCAUGCGCCUGAGAUGAUGUUUGCUCAGGCAGUGAUUCACCUUCUGGCGAAACCCGAGUAUCCAAAGCUGCGGUUGCAGUUCAAGUACCAUAAUCCCGCGUUGCGAGCGAAGAUGGCGCUACAAAAGCAGACGGAGCAAGAACGGCGGCAGGAAAAAGAACUGCAGGCUGCAAGUUAUGGUCAGCAGCGUUUCCAAGACCUUCAGCUGGGAGGUUUGCUGGAAAAGCGCUCUGUAGAGAAAGUCGCCGAGUCUGAAGCGGAGCCCGGGUUGGCGGGAGCCGGCUCACCGGAAAGCGGCCAAAUGGAUGGGGCGGCCGAGGCCGCCUGCCAGGCCCAGGCCGCGCAGGCCCAGGCUCGACUUUCCGAGGCGCUGGCAUCCUGUCUUCAGCUCUUGUCAGAGAUCUCUGGACGUCCGUGUGUGACCCUCGACCACAUCUCUACUUGCGAUGCUCCGGCACAGCUUGUGAGAAGCCAUUUUCAAGGCUUGACGUGUCCAGAGUUUCCGGAUGAGAGGAGCCUGGCAGACAGCCUGCAGUAUGCAUUGCUCGGCGCGCUCGACGAUUUCAGUGGGACUCCAGGGAACAGUGGCCUGAGAGGCCUCUCGGAGCCCACCAGUCAGCUCCUUGCCAUGCAAGAGCGGUUCCCGCUUCUGUGGCCAAUCUGCCGACAAGUUUCCAAGCUUGCAAACGACAGGGUUCGCCUGAUGGAAGAAAUUGAAGCAAGUGCAGACGGCCCGAACGUGGUGCAGGAAAACGCUCGGCUCCGCACUGAACUCGUUGAGGCGCAAGAAAGGUACCGCAAAGGAGAAGAAGAGCUGUCACAUUUACAGGCACGUGUAAAUGACCUCACCCUGGAAUUGAGCCGAGGACAGUCCCCAGAAAUUGAUUUGCUUUGA